AUGCUUGGAUUAUAUAAGAAGUUGACCCUGCUGGCGGCGAUGUCAUUGUCCCUCCUGACCACUCUGGCCCAGUCUUCCCCUGUGGUGGGCCCGGAGCCUAUUCGCUGUGCCCCCUGUACCCAGGAGAAGCUGGAUGAAUGCCCGGCCAUCUCCCCAGACUGUAAGCAGGUUCUCAGGGAGCCAGGCUGUGGCUGCUGCAUGGCAUGUGCCCUGGAGAAGGGGGCCUCCUGUGGGGUAUACACGGCCCACUGUGCUCAGGGGUUAAAAUGCAGCCCAAGAGCUGGGGAUCCUAGACCCCUCCACUCCCUCACCAGAGGACAGGCCAUCUGCACUGAGGACCAGGGACAAGAGAAAGUAGAAGGGGUGCCAGACCACAGCUCCCUAGCCUACUUCCUGGGACUCAACACCCCCUUUGACACCAAAAAUGAGGGUGCUCAGGAGAGCAUCAAGGCCAAGGUCAACACCAUCCGCAAGAAACUGGAGGAACAGGGUCCCUGCCACAUUGAGCUGCAUGCAGCUCUGGACAAGAUAACCAGCUCUCAGCAGGAACUAGGAGAGAAGUUCACCAACUUCUACCUACCCAACUGUGACAAACAUGGCUUCUACAAGGCCAAGCAGUGUGAGUCGUCUCUGGUGGGACCCCAUGCCAGGUGUUGGUGUGUGUCCUCCUGGAAUGGGAAGAAGAUUCUGGGGUCCAAUUAUCUACCCGGCUUAGAGUGCCAGCUGGAGCUCUAA